GACGGAGCCGCAGCCGGAGCCGCCCGGCCCGGGUCCUGCGGAGCGGUGGUGGCGGCGCUGGGCCCCUUCUGAUGGGAGGAUGGUUGUGCUCAGGCAGUUUAGGCUGCUGCUCUGGAAGAACUACAUCCUGCAGAAGCGGCAGAUCCUGGUGACGCUGAUCGAGGUGUGCCUGCCGCUGCUCUUCGCAGCCAUCCUGAUCGCGCUGCGGCACCGCGUGCACUCCGUCAGCCACCCCAAUGCCACCCUCUACCCCACCGAGUCUGUGGAUGACCUGCCCAGCUUCUUCUCCUCCCAGCACGCCAGCAACCCCUGGGAGCUGGCCUAUGUCCCCUCCAACAGCAGCGCUGUCCGCAGCAUCGCCGAGGCAGUGGAGAGAGCUCUGCCCAUCAACAUCAGAGCUCAGGGCUUCCCCUCGGAGCGGGACUUCGAGGAGUAUGUCAGGCUGGACAACCGCUCGGGCAGCGUCCUGGCCGCCGUCGUGUUCCGGCACUGCUUCCCGCAGGGCUCGGCCCCGCUGCCCCUCCAGGUGGAGUAUGAGCUGCGCUUCAAGUACAGCCCGAGGAACGCUCCACGGAGCGAGCAGACGGGGCUGAACCCCAACCUGGACCGGGACUGGCACACCAGUUACCUCUUCCCGCUCUUCCAGCUGCCCGGGCCCCGCGAGGCCAAGUUUGCUGAUGGGGGCACACCAGGUUAUCUCCGGGAGGGAUUCCUGGCGGUGCAGCACGCCGUGGACAGGGCCAUCAUGCAGUACCACGCCAGUGCCAGCUCUGCCAGCCUGCUGGAGAACAUCACCGUGGUGGUGCAGCGCUUCCCCUUCCCGGCCUACGUCAAUGACCUCUUCCUCCUGGCCAUCCAGAACCAGCUGCCCUUGCUGCUCAUGCUCAGCUUCACCUACACCUCGCUCAACAUCGUCCGUGCCGUCGUCCACGAGAAGGAGAAGAAGCUGAAGGAGUACAUGCACAUGAUGGGCCUCAGCAACUGGUUGCACUGGAGCGCCUGGUUCCUCAUGUUCUUCCUCUUCCUCCUGGUGUCUGUGUUCUUCGUCACUGUGCUCUUCUGUGUCAAGGUGAGCGAACAGGGAGCGGUGCUCACCAACAGUGACCCCACCCUGGUGUUCACCUUCCUCGCCAUCUUCUCCAUAUCCUCCAUCUCCUUCAACUUCAUGGUGAGCACCUUCUUCUCACGAGCAAACGUCGCGGCUGCCGCUGGCGGCUUCCUCUACUUCUUCUCCUACAUCCCCUACUUCUUCAUCUCGCCCCGCUACGACCUGAUGUCCCACAGCCAGAAGCUGGCAUCCUGCCUCAUCUCCAACGUGGCCAUGGCCAUGGGGGCGCAGCUCAUCGGCAUGUUUGAAGGGAAAGGGACUGGCAUCCAGUGGAGGGACCUCAUGAAGCCAGUCAGCGUGGAUGAUAACUUCACCUUGGCCCAGGUGCUGGGGAUGCUGCUCCUGGACUCGGUGCUGUAUGGCGUGGUGGCCUGGUACGUGGAGGCCGUGUUCCCCGGGGAGUACGGUGUGCCACAGCCCUGGUACUUCUUCCUCACGCCCUCGUACUGGUGCGGGCGGCCCAGGACUGUUGUGGGGAAAGAGAAGGAGGAGGAGGAGGACCCCGAGAAAGCCCUGAAGAGUCAGUACAUUGAGGAGGAACCAGCUGACCUGGUGUCAGGCAUCAAAAUAAAGCACCUGUCCAAGGUCUUCAAAGUGGGAAACAAGACAAAAGAGGCAGUGAAGGACCUGACAGUGAACAUGUACGAGGGGCAGAUCACCGUCUUGUUGGGACACAAUGGUGCUGGGAAGACCACCACUCUGUCCAUGCUCACAGGUCUGCACUCCCCAACAGGCGGGCAGGCCUACAUCAAUGGCUACGAGAUCUCCCAGGACAUGGUCCUGAUCCGCCGCAGCCUGGGGCUGUGUCCCCAGCACGACGUCCUCUUCGACAACAUGACAGUGGAAGAGCACCUCCACUUCUAUGCAGGGCUGAAGGGAUACCCAGCCUCCAAGUGUCCUGAGGAGAUCAACCACAUCCUGAGGAUCCUCGGCCUGGAGGACAAGCGCCGUUCCCUGACCAAGGCUCUCUCUGGGGGCAUGAAGCGCAAGCUGUCCAUCGGCAUCGCCCUCAUCGGGGACUCCAAGGUGGUGAUGCUAGAUGAGCCGACGUCGGGGAUGGACCCGGCCUCCCGCAGAGCCACGUGGGAUCUUCUGCAGCAGCAGAGGAGCAACAGAACCAUCCUGCUGACCACUCACUUCAUGGAUGAGGCAGACCUGCUGGGGGACCGCAUAGCCAUCAUGGCCAAGGGCGAGCUGCAGUGCUGCGGCUCCUCACUCUUCCUCAAGCGCAAAUACGGGGCAGGAUAUCACAUGGUGAUGGUGAAGGAGCCCUACUGCAACCUGGGGGAGAUCUCCCGCCUCAUCUGCCAGUACGUGCCCAAUGCCACCAUGGAGAGCAAUGCCGGGGCAGAGCUGUCCUUCAUCCUGCCCAAGGAGAGCACACACAGGUUUGAGGCCCUGUUCACGGAGCUGGAGCAGAGGCAGGAGGAGCUGGGCAUUGCCAGCUACGGCGCCUCGGUCACCACCAUGGAGGAGGUGUUCCUCAGGGUUGGGAAGCUCGUAGACUCCAGCAUGGAUAUCCAGGCCAUCCAGCUGCCUGCUCUGCAGUACCAGCAUGAGAGACGCUCCAACGACUGGGCCAUGGAUGACUCCAGCAGCCUGAGUGGCAUGACGGACAUGACGGAUGACAGCGGGGCGCUCAUUACUGAGGACUGCUCCAGCAUCAAGCUCAACACCGGGUUCUACCUGUGCUGCCAGCAGUUCUAUGCCAUGUUCAUGAAGAGGGCCAUGUACAGCUGGCGCAACUGGAAGAUGGUGGCGGCGCAGUUCCUCGUGCCUCUGAUCUUCACUGCCUUUGCCCUCAUCGUGGCCAAGACCUUCCCGGGCCCACGGGACUCGUCCCAGCUGCGGCUGACGCUGGAGCCCUACGGCCAGACCAUCGUGCCUUUCUCGGUGUCGGGCGCCGCGGGGCUGCCGCAGAGGCUGGCAGAGCAGUACACGGAGCUGCUGGAUGCCCAGCGUCAGUCACCGCUGGAGGUGCUGGGUGGGCUAGAGGAGUACCUCAUCUCCCGAUCCUCGGAGGAAGGAGGAGCCUUCAACGAGCACUACAUUGCAGCCGCCUCCUUUGAGGGCACCGGGAACCGCACGCUGGUCACGGCGCUCUUCAACAACCAGGCCUACCACUCGCCGGCCACCGCCCUGAUGCUGGCCGACAACGCCGUCCUCAGGGUGCUGGCAGGCCCCAACGCCUCCAUCACCGUCACCAACUACCCCCAGCCCCGCAACAUCACCGAGAAGGCCAAGGACCAGCUCAUGGAAGGCCAGACUGGGUUUGCCAUUGCUAUCAACCUGCUGUAUGGAAUGGCCUCGCUCGCCAGCACCUUUGCGCUGCUGCUGGUCAGCGAACGCGCCAUCAAGGCCAAGCACGUCCAGUUUGUCAGCGGUGUUUAUGUGGUCAACUUCUGGCUUUCUGCCCUGCUCUGGGACAUCAUCAACUUCCUCAUCCCUUGUGCUCUGAUGUUGGUGAUAUUCCAAGCCUUCAACGUGCAAGCCUUCACCCAAGACAGCCACCUCGUUGAUGUGAUGCUGAUCUUCCUCCUUUAUGGCUGGGCCAUCAUUCCCCUCAUGUACCUCCUUAGCUUCUUCUUCUCGGUAGCAGCCACAGCCUACACCCGUCUCACCAUCUUCAACAUCCUCUCCGGCACCGCCACCUUCCUCGCUGUCACCAUCAUGAGCAUCCCAGAGCUGGGCUUAGUGGACCUCUCCAAGACCCUGGAUAAAGUUUUUCUCAUCUUACCCAAUUACUGCUUGGGCCAGUGCAUCAGUGACUUCUACCAGAACUACGAGUUCAUUCAGUUCUGCACCUCCUCUGUUGAAGCCAUCUUCAUCUGCAAGGCCUUCAAUAUCAGUUAUCAGAUGAACUACUUUUCCUGGGAGACCCCUGGGAUUGGGCGGUACCUGACCUCCUUGGCCAUCCAGGGUUUCUCCUUCCUCUUCCUCCUCUUCCUCAUUGAGGCAAAUCUUCUCUGGAGACUGAGAACUCUGGUCUGUGGCAUCUGCAGGCGGCGGAAAUGGGUGGCCCUGCUGAACAGGGUGUCUGUGCUGCCAGAGGACAGGGACGUGGCAGAUGAGAGGAAGAAGGUUUUGGAGUCACCACCAGAACUGCUGUCGUCUCUCAGCAGCCCUCUGGUCAUCAAGGAGCUCACCAAGGUCUAUGACAGCCGGGAGUCGCUGCUGGCAGUGGACAGGAUCUCCCUGGCCGUCAGCAAAGGGGAAUGCUUUGGUCUCCUUGGCUUCAACGGGGCGGGCAAAACCACCACCUUCAAGAUGCUGACGGGUGACGAGAGCAUCACAUCGGGGGACGCCUUUGUGGAUGGCCACAGCAUUCUGGCCAACAUCAAGAAGGUGCAGCAGCGGAUCGGGUACUGCCCGCAGUUCGACGCCCUCCUGGAGCACAUGACGGGGCGCGAGACGCUGAGCAUGUACGCGCGGCUGCGCGGCAUCCCCGAGCGCUACAUCGGCAGCUGCGUGGAGAACAUGCUGCGGGGGCUGCUCCUGGAGCCUCACGCCGACAAGCUCAUCAGAACCUACAGUGGUGGGAACAAGCGGAAGCUGAGUGCUGGCAUUGCCCUCAUCGGUGGCCCCCCUGUGAUCUUCCUGGAUGAGCCCUCCACUGGCAUGGACCCCGUGGCCCGGCGCUUGCUCUGGGACGCAGUGACACGGACACGGGAGUGUGGCAAAUCCAUCAUCUUCACCUCCCACAGCAUGGAGGAGUGCGAGGCACUGUGCACACGAUUGGCCAUCAUGGUGAACGGGCAGUUCAAAUGCCUGGGCAGCCCCCAGCACCUCAAAAGCAAGUUUGGUAGUGGAUACACCUUGCUGGCCAAAACCCGGAGUGAGGAGGAGGGUGAGCUGCAGGCCUUCAAGGCCUUCGUGGAGAAGACUUUCCCAGGCAGUGUCCUGAAGCACGAGCACCAGGGCAUGGUGCAUUACCACUUGACCAACAAGAACCUCAGCUGGGCACAGGUCUUUGGGGCCCUGGAGAAAGCCAAAGAGAAGUAUCGCUUGGAGGACUACUCGGUGAGCCAGAUCUCCCUGGAGCAGGUCUUCAUGAGCUUCACUCGCUUCCAGCACUACACAGAGGACAGAGGGAAAUGAGCCCCCCGGUGCCCUUCGUCAUGGACUGGCCCUCAGCCUAUACAUAGUAUAUAUAGAGACAGUAAUUUAUAUAUUGGCGUGUCUUAAAUACUGUAUAAAUGUAAAACUUUCCACCGAGGGGUGAGAGGAUGGCAGCACUCCUGCCGCUGCCACCGGCUCUGGGUGUGCGUGGGUGUGCGUGUGUGUGUGCAUGUGACACUGCCACUCUCCAGCCUUCUUCCAUCCAUACAGCAAAAAAAAUCCACCCAGAAAAGCCUGGAGAGCCUGGAUGGGUGGAGAGGGGUGUUGGACGUGGGCUGGCAGAGGAGGAGAGGGAUCUCCUCUGCUCCCCUCUUCCCUGCCCAUCGCUCACACCCAGCGGGACGCUGCCCCAUGCUCCUCACCCGCAUGUCCGUGUGUUGUUUGGUGGUUGCUCGUGGUUUUAGCAGGAGGCUGUCACAUAGCUCAGAUCCAAACCGUCCUUGGGGGCAGCAGGAUGUGCUGGGAUUACCCCUGGGAGCACUUUGUGUCCAGACGGGGGGGACGGCUCAGCUCCUGUCUGGCAUGGGAAAGAGGAGGCUCUGUCUCUUUUAAGUGCUUGGGAAAACCGUCUCCUCCUGCCUGCUUGCCAAGCCUGGCCUGAGGAGCUGGCUCUGGCCCCAGCUGUGCAAAGGGAGCUGUGAUGCCAGGAGCUGGCACUGGGUGAGAGGUAGCAAUGGAGCAAUGCCCAGAACUCAGCCCCAGGAACAGCACGUGAUGGGCAUGGCUGGAGAGCCAGAGCUGGAGGCAGGGACGCUGCAGGGACGGGUGAGAAGUGCCACAAGGUCCCUGGGAUGCUGUGGGUUGAGUGAGAGGUGCUGCAGGGUCUUGGCUGUGCUCUGUAGGACAGGUAUGAAGUGUCACAGGGUGCCCAGGGAUGCUGCUGGCCUCAGUGUUGUGCCCAUGCAGGGGUUGUGCCAGCAGCACCGCCCCACACUGUGCAGUGCAGCCACAGGACCAGUUUGGAGCCAGCAACGCCCUCGCUGUGCCCAUGUCCUGCUGAGCUCACCUCUUACACCCCACACAGCUCCAACCUGACCAUAUCUGUCCUGCAUCCCCCUCCUCAUCCCCUCUGCCCCUGACCUGGCUGUGCCAGCAGCAGGCAGGGAGCAAAGGCCCUGUCCUGCUCCUGCCUGGCUCCAGGAUGCUGCUGGUCACCAGCAUUGCCCAGUCUUGCCUGGGCCCAGUUGGAGGAGGCAACUCCUUUUUGGAGUUUCCCAGUGACUGGGUUGGGGUUUUUUUUGUUUGUUUGUUGGAAAUCUGUGUUGAUUCUUGUCUGUCCUUAACUAGUCCCUGUGUCACCUGGGGCAGCCCCUUGGAAGCUGCCCCAUGAUCAAUGCAGAGCUAUUUGCACUAUAGUACUACACACAAUUGCACAUAAUUAAUAUUUAUGGCAAGGGGGGCUGAUUCCCUCCCAGUGAUUGCAUUGUCAGGGGUUGGGUUAUAUUUUUGGGUUGGGUUUUCAUUUUUUUCCUUGUGACCGACUCAUUUAUUCCUGUUCCAUUUCUUCCCUUUGCCUAAUGUUGUUGUUCAGAACAAUGGUGCAUCAUGUUACUAAGAAUUUUCCCGGAUCUUAAAAGAUGUGUGUUUUUAUUAGUCAGCAGCCAGCAGGUGAAUGGCCUCCUUAGACACCUUGGUGUCCUUUGGAGUUGCUGGCAGGGAGGGAUUUCACUCUGGGAGCUUCCUGGUGGGCAGCAGAGCCAGCCACUGCCAGGGCACCAUGCAGGGGGGAAUCCCAGCACCAGGAACUUUCCUGGGAAGGGAAGAAAAAGGGGAGAUGCUUUUUGCUGGGAGGGUGGCUGAAGUGCUGAAACUCCCAGUAACUGUUUUCUGGAAAGGGAAGUAUAGCAGGAUGUAGUAGAUCCUCACAGGCUUUUUCCUGGGAUGGGGAACAGUGGGAACAUGGAGGUUUCAGGGGGUGAGAUGCAAAAUUGCCACAGGCUGGCAGUGCCCUGAGCACAGCAGCAACAGUCCAUGUCCUGUUGGCUCUAGUGCCCCCUGCAAGGCUUGGUGCUGGGUGGGGACACGGAGACAGAGUAACCCCCACACUGCCCAUGAUGCCAUGGCAGAGCUGGUGGGAGGGUCCAUGGCCCCAGCCCUCCGUCACUCUGGGGCCACCUUGGCCUAAAUGAAGGAAGUGUUAUGGAAGCAGCAUUUCCCUGUCCCGGGGGGCUGUAACACCCUGCCUGUCAGCGAGGCAGGCACUGCAGGCUGUGCAUGGUGCUGCUCCUGAUUUCAGUCACAGCCGCAGUGCCAGGUGUGCCAGCCUGGGGCAGGGAGCAGGCCCAGGAGUGCUCUGUGGGCAGGUGCCAGGGGCACAGCUGCUGCUGGCACUCUCUAGCCUCCCAGCUGGGAGAAGCAACACAGCUCCUGGGCAGCUUCUACUCCCCACUGGCUGCAGUGUGGUUUUUGUUCCCAUCAUAUGAAUAAUAAAGAUGAUUUUUUUUUUCCA